AUGGCGCUGUUCCGGAGGCUGUUCUACCGGAAGCCGCCGGAUCGGCUCCUCGAGAUCGCGGACCGCGUCUACGUGUUCGAUUGUUGCUUCUCGACAGACACCAUGGACCAAUUCAGAUACAAGAAUUACAUGGACAGCAUCGUGUUGCAGCUCCGUGAGCAGUUUCAAGAUUCUCCACUGAUGGUAUUGAACUUCAGAGAUGAAGGAAAAAGCCUGGUUACAGGCUUGUUCUCCAUGUACAGAAUUACAGUCAAAGAUUACCCCUGCCAGUACUUAGGAUGCCCAUUGCUUCCUUUGGACAUCAUCAUCCACUUCCUCAGGCUGAGUGAGAGGUGGCUUAUGCUCGAAGGGAAGCAAAAUAUUCUGCUAAUGCACUGUGAGAAAGGUGGAUGGCCGGUGCUGGCAUUUAUGCUUGCAGCUCUUCUUCUGUACCGGAAACAGUAUAAUGGGGAGCAGAGAACUCUAGACAUGGUCUACAAGCAAGCACCCAAGGAGCUUCUUCAGAUGUUAACAACAUUAAAUCCGCAGCCUUCUCAUAUUCGAUAUCUACAGUACAUAUGCAAAAUGGACUAUGAGUUGGGGUGGCCCUCAGAACCCAUUCCUUUCACCCUGGAUUGUGUUAUUCUUAGAGGGGUUCCGAAUUUCGACGGAGUAGGUGGUUGUAGGCCAAUAGUUAGAGUAUAUGGACAGGAUAUUCUAACAGCUGAUAAAAGUCGCAGUGCUCUUGCAACACCAUUCAAAUCCAAGAAACAUGUUAGGCGUUACAGACAGGCAGACAACAUGCCGGUGAAGUUAAAUGUGGGAUCCUGCGUCCAAGGUGAUGUGGUCCUUGAAUGCUUGCAUGUGGAUGAUGGCCUAGAAAAUGAAAGAUUAAUGUUUAGGGUGAUGUUCAAUACCUUCUUUAUCCAGUCUCACAUUUUACAGUUGAACUUUGAGGACAUCGAUGUCUGUUGGGAUGCUGAUCAACGGUUCACAAAGAACUUCAAAGCAGAGGUACUCUUUUCAGAGUUCGAUGCUGAAUCCGAUGCGUCUACUGAAAUUGGAGCCGAUGAUGAUGAAGAUGAGGAUGACUGUGGUGAUGAGAUAGAAGUUGACUCUGGUGACGAGUUCUUUGAAGCCGAUGAAAUCUUCAGUAAUCCCGAAUCACAUGAUGGACACAAGGAUGCAGAAACUCUUUCAAUAUCUUCUACAGAUUGUACUCCAAGUGCUGAAGCCAGGAAAAUCUCGCCAUUUUCCAGUCUCGAGCUGAAUAGUGAUAUUGAUGGGUCACGACAAAAUAAACCUUCGCCGUCUGAAAUACGAAAUGAUGAGGAUGCAUGCACAUCUGUUGAUACCAACAUUAUGCACGAAGACACCAGCAGAGUAGUGUCAAGUUUGGAAAGUACAACAGAUGGAGGCAGAGACAGCAGCACUUCGAGUACUGCUAUUUACAAAGAUAAAGAUGAUGGCUGCUCAGUUGAAAACAGCAGUCCCAAGCAGGACAGAACAGUUGAUCCCAAGCAAGACUCGAUUCAUACUGAUAAUGUGUUGGUCAAAGAGGUGAUUAUAUUAGAAACGAAUAGUCCAAAGGACAUACAGAUGAUCAAGGAAGUUAUCAUAUCUGAAGUCACCACCCCAAAACAAGUGCUGCCGGGGGAUACAGUGGAGGUGGAAUUAGGCAAUGCAGUCGACAUUUCAGAAAACAUUACAUUGACAGAGGCUGAUAAUACCGAAGGACUUGACUUUGUUCUCAAACAGGAUGAUGGAGAUAGUCCAGUAGAAGAACGUGUUACUUAUGUCAAUGACACCAAUCAAGAGGACAACAGUAAUAUUGAACAGCCUAGCACCAGUGACACAAACGUUCUAGUGAUUGAGCUCACAAAUGAGAAUAACAGGGUGGAGCUUCCAUUGUUAGGGAAACCACAUCCGCACAGCACAAGUGAUACCCUGAUUUUAAGUUCUGGUGAGCAAAAGGUUGAGCAGUCUGAUGCCUCCAAUAGUAAUGGGACUGCAGAACAAACAGAGGGAACAGAAGCUUCAAUAUCCAACUCGACAGGCCAACCUUCGAAUAUUUCUUCUAUGGAUAUGCUGCCUGGUGGAUUUAGCUUAGCAGCAGAUGGUGCUCUAACUCAUCCCAGUGCAAGAACCGAAAGAAUUCCACCUCCACUUUCUCCUGAAGGAAGUAAAAGAACUCCACAGCCUUCUCUUACUGGAGGACCAGAAGGGACUCCACUACAAAAUGGAUUUCAAAGUGGAGCUCCAUCGCUGCCGCCACCCCAUGGAGGAUAUGGAGGGACAUCUCCACCUCCUCGUGGAGCAUGUGGAGCAUGCGGAGCUCCAUCGCCGUCGCCGCCCCUUGGAGGAUAUGGAGGGACAUCUCCACCUCCUCACGGGGUAUGUGGAUUGGCACCGCCGCCGCCACUUCCGGGAGGAUGCGAAGGGGUACCUCCACCUCUGCCGCUACUUCCUGGGGCACAUGGAGGAGCUCCACUGCCGCCGCCACUUCCUGGGGGAUAUGAAGGGGCUCCUCCACCUCCUCCGCUACCUCCUGGAACAUAUGGAGGGGCUCCUCCGCCGCCGCCACCUUCUGGAGGUUAUGGAGGGGCACCCCCACCUCCUCCUCCACCCGGUGGAAUCGGAGGAGUUCCACCUCCACCACCGCCUAUUGGAGGACUGGGAGGAACACCAUCUCCUCCACCUCCCGCUGGAUUUCGAGGUGGAGCUCCGUCUCCUCCUCCUCCUCCCGGAGGGUAUGGAGUGUCUCCACCACCGCCUCCUCCUAGAGGGCACGGAGGAGUAGGUGGCCCUCCUCCCCCUCCAGGUGCACCUACUCCUCCAAUGCCCCCUGGAAGACCUGGUGGCCCACCACCGCCUCCCGGAUUACCUGGUGGGCCCCCUCCACCACCUGGAGUACCUGGUGGCCCCCCUCCGCCUCCCGGUGGGCGAGGUGGUCCCCCUCCACCUGGUGGAAGAGGCGGGCUUACUCGUUUGGGCUCAAACUCAACUGUAGUACGGAAGUCAUCUCUAAAACCACUGCACUGGGUCAAGGUAACAAGAGCAAUGCAGGGAAGUUUAUGGGCAGAACUUCAAAAGCAAGCAGAUGCUGAUGGCAAUUCCGAGUUCGAUGUGAAUGAACUGGCGUCUCUUUUUACUAUUGCACCAAAGACAAAAGGCGGUUCAAAAUCAGAAGGGGCUGGAAAAUCUCUUGGUUCGAAACCUGAUAAAAUUCACCUGAUCGAUAUAAGACGGGCCAAUAACACAGAGAUCAUGUUGACAAAAAUCAAAAUGCCACUCUCCGAUAUGAUGAGUUCUGCUCUGGCUUUGGACGACUCAGUUUUAGACGCUGAUCAGGUUGAAAAUCUCAUCAAGUUUUGUCCAACAAAAGAGGAAAUGGAGCUUCUAAAGAACUACACCGGAGACAAGGACAGUCUUGGAAAGUGUGAGCAGUUCUUUCUAGAAUUGAUGAAGGUGCCAAGGGUUGAAUCGAAGUUUAGGAUAUUUGCAUUCAAGAUCCAGUUUCAGUCACAGAUUAGGGAUGUUAGAAGGAAUUUGCAGACUGUGGCAUCAGCUUGUGAGGAGCUCAGAGGCUCUGAGAAGCUGAAGGUUAUCAUGAAGAAUAUUCUGUUAAUCGGGAACACAUUAAAUGAAGGAACACCAAGAGGCCAGGCUGUCGGUUUCCGCUUGGACAGUAUCCUAAAACUUGUAGAGACCCGUGCAACCAGCAGCAGAACAACACUAAUGCACUUCCUUUGCAAGUCCCUCGCAGGGAAGUCACCAGAACUACUGGAUUUUCAUGAGGAUCUUGGUAGCUUGGAAGCUGCUUCGAAGUUGCAACUGAAAGCAUUGGCGGAGGAACAGCAAGCAGUUGUAAAAGGUCUAGAGAAAGUUGAACAGGAACUAACUGCUUCAGAAAGUGAUGGGCCAGUUUCUGAUACUUUCCGUAAGACUUUAAAGGAGUUCCUUGAUGCUUCUGGUGCUGAUGUACGCGCCCUAUCAGCACUCUAUGUUGAAGUUGGUAGAAGUGCAGAUGCACUUUCCCUUUAUUUUGGAGAAGACCCUGCAAAAUAUCCUUUUGAGCAAGUUGCUUCGACCCUUCUAACCUUUGUGGGGUUAUUUCGGAAGGCACAUGAGGAGAAUCUGAAGCAGAUUGAGGCUGAGAGGAAGAAAGCACUAAAAGAAGCAGAAAAGGAAGCAAGCCAGGACAGAACUCCUGUAAAAUCAAAAGAUGGAUUUGCAGACAGAUCACCAAGGUCACCCUUCAAAUGAUGAUAUCUGCCCCGAAACUUGGAUGUGGUCAUCGGUUUUUGCCUCAACAGACCGACCUCUGCUAGCCAUGCGGAUCUUCAGGAGGCUCGACUGUCGCCGAAUGCAUGGCUUCCUUGGGGACAUGUUACGCUUACAAGACAAGAUAUACUUUUGGUUGGACAUCCAUGUUUGAUUGCGCAUGACACUGUACAAAACUAACCCAAUACCUAACUUAGGCCCCCCUGUACAGAAUAUCUCUGUUUACACUAGACGUAGCAGCAGGAGUAGGUCAGUUGUUGUAAACUAGGAAAGUGUAAGAAAUGAUCAGUAGCUCAAAAGAAAUAGAAGAGGAUUAGUGUUACCACAGGACUAACAGGCAGUUUUCUAACCAUAGGUUGACACCCCUGUAGCCCAACCCAGUGAUCCUACAAGAUGUGAUGAUACG